AUGGACGCCACCGCGCGCGCGCGCGCGUCCACGCGCCCGUCGUCGGCGCCGCCGCCACAGCCAAAACCUGUGAAGAAAGUCUCUCGCGCCCGCGCGCGCGUUACCCGUCGCUCGCUCGCGCUCGGAGCGUACCCGGAGGAAUUUCUCGACUUGGGACCUCGCAUACGAAAGGUGGUCCUGGACGACGACGCGUUCGACGCAUCGGCGUACGACUUCGUGUGUGACGCGCGGUCGCCAAGCGAGUACGCCGACGACCACGUUCCAGGAUCGAUAUCCACGCCCGUUCUGAGCGAUGAGCAGCGAGCCGAGGUGGGGACGAUGUACGUUCAGAUUGACCCGUUCGAGGCGAAGAAGCUCGGAGCGGCGCUGGUGUCGGAGAAUUUGGGAGGCAUCAUAAGGGAGAACUUUGCCGGCUGCGAAAAGGGAACGAAGAUAUUGGUGUACUGCUUUCGAGGGGGCGAUCGAUCGCUGAGUCUGGCGCACGUGCUGAGCAGGAUCGGAUUCGAGGUUUACUGGGCGCCCGGUGGGUACAAGCGCUAUCGCGCCGGGGUGUUGGAGUAUUUGAGAGGAAUGGACAGAUUUUCGUAUCACAUCAUAGCCGGAAAGACGGGGUGCGCUAAGGGUAAGUUGUUGGACGCUCUCGAGACUGCGGGGGCGCAGGUGAUCGAUUUAGAGGUGAUGGCGAACCAUCGAGGGUCGGUCUUGGGCGAGGAGCCAGGUACGCGCGAGCAGCCGAGUCAGAAGCUGUUCGAUUCGAGAAUUGCGGGCAAGGCGAGGAAGUUCGAUCCGUCUCGUCCGGUUUUCGUCGAAGGUGAGAGCUCAAUGAUCGGCAGAGUGCAAGUACCGAGCACGAUGUGGGGCGCAAUGCGUCGGGCCAAGGUGACGCAGCUAGAAAUUCCGAUGUCCGAGCGGGUGAAGUGGAUACGAGCGGGUUACAAACACUUUGAGACGACGGAAACGGAUCGUUUGCUCGAGUGCGUUGACGUGCUCGUAAAGCGUGUCGGCCACGAGCGCGUGAACGCGUGGAAAAAGUCGAUUCACGCAGGCGAAUGGAAUGAGUUUGUUCAGGACAUCUUAGAAAAUCAUUAUGACGCCGCGUAUGCCUCGGCGGCGGUUCGGUCUCGGCCGGAAGAGGCUGAAAACUCGACCCGUUUGUUCCUUCCCGACACAGCUGACUCAACGUACGCAGACGCCGCGGCGGCGUUGCUACGUGAUUACGAUCCGAACGGGUUGUGCGUGUAA